GAGAGCUCAGAAUGCAUAGCACCAAAAACUCUUGUUUCAUUCUUGAAAGACUGCGUGUGACAGAGAUCACUGGGUAAAGAAAUUGUGCUGCCUGUUUCUCUUGGGAAGUCGGUAAACAUGAAGCUGUUUCCAGUUCUCAUGAUGCUGCUAGCUGAGGUACUACUAACAGAUACAGCACGGCCCAGAAAAUGCUUUAGUAAUAUAAGAGGCUAUUGCCGGAAGAAAUGUGAAAUAGGGGAAACAUAUGAAGUGGCAUGUCUAAAUGGGAAAUUAUGUUGUGUUAAUGAAGGCGAAAACAAAAAGCACAAGGAACCUCCAAAGUCGUCUUCCUCUUUGAUGCAGCCUGAUGAGAAGCUGGACUAUGCUAUUUUACCCACUAUCACAGUUCUUACAAUCCAGAUGUAAAUCAGACGCUGGUUUCACCCGUCUCCACUCAUCCUAAGUCAGAAGUGCCACCUUUUCCAACAGCCUGGGGCAAGGGACCUCUCUACUGUUUCUGUGAACUCGAUGCUCCACAUAAUAAAGUUUUCUGCUUUUCUCUGGA